AUGGUGGUAUCAUUGCUGAAAUUUACCCGUUUUUCGGGUGCAAUAAAAGUCAUUGAAAAUGUGGCUAAACUACAUAAUUUUGAUGGCAAACUCGGUUUAGUAAAAUGUACAAGUUCUAACCUUUCUAAUAAGGUCUCCUUUAGCACAUCUAAUCGCUGCAAUUUGAAAGAAAUUGUAAAGAAAGAACAAAGUGGUGUCACAGUGGUUGAAGGAAGAUAUGUUGGCUCUCCUAGAUCUGAUUAUGUAGCACCACACUUAAAAAGUGAAGAACACCAAGGAGCCUGUCCACUGUGUCGUCUCAACCUCAAUGUAGAUUACACGGAUGUUCUUAUCCUCAGCCAGUUUUUGGAUCCAAGUGGAGAAGUGCUUCCACGGGAGAUAACUGGACUGUGUCGCAAGCAACAUGGCAAAGUGGAGUUUUUAGUCGAAAGAUCAAAAAGAGCUGGUCUCAUGUCAAACUACCCAACACCACCACUUGCCAACCCAAAAUGGACACCAAGACCUUACCUUGAUAGGAAGUAUAAGGUGUUUUACAAGAAAAGAAGACCACAAAGGAUUCCAGUCUACCAAGAUUGAUGUGUAUAAUGUAUAUACUGUGAUGGAAAAAUAAAGUUGUAA